CUGCUUCUGCUACUGGUAUUACAGAUACUACUGCUAUUAGUACUGCAGAUACGACUACUGGAGGGCUGGCAGGUGUACAGUUCGGCGCAGGACUCUGAAGGUCGAUGUGUUUGUACAGUGGUUGCUCCGCAGCAGACCGUCUGUUCCAGAGAUGCUCGAACCAAACAGCUGCGACAGCUACUGGAAAAGGUGCAGAACAUGAGUCAGUCUAUCGAGGUUCUGGAUCAGCGCACUCAGAGAGAUCUGCAGUUUGUGGAGAAGAUGGAAGUUCAGCUUAAAGGUCUGGAAAACAAAUUCAAACAGGUGGAGGACGGACACGAGACCAACAUCGCCAGACAAUACAAGUCCAUCAAAGCCAAGAUGGAGGAGCUACGUCCGCUCAUCCCGGUCCUGGAGGCCUACAAGGCAGACGCUCUGCUGGUCCGACAGUUUAAAGAGGAGGCAGCGAAUGUGACAGAGCUGCUGGGAACACUGCAGGAGCAAAUGGGGGGUCUGGACUACCAGGAGCUCCACAGCCGAGUGAUGAGCCUGGAGGACCGACUGAGGGCCUGCAUGCAGAGGCUUGCUUGUGGGAAGUUGACGGGGAUCUCUGAGCCAAUCACCAUCAAGACAUCUGGAUCCAGAUUUGGAUCAUGGAUGACGGACCCGCUCGCUCCGGUUGGAGACAACAGAGUGUGGUACAUGGAUGGUUACCAUAACAACCGCUUUGUCAGGGAGUAUCAGUCAAUGUAUGACUUCAUGACGACAGAUAACUUCACAUCUCACCGCCUGCCUCACCCCUGGUCCGGUACUGGUCAGGUGGUUUAUAAUGGAUCCAUUUACUUCAACAAGUUUCAGAGUCACACCAUCAUCAAGUUCGACUUCAGCACGUCGCUUAUAAGCCGCUCGCGACAGCUCGACUUCGCUGGUUACAACAACAUGUACCACUAUUCCUGGGGGGGGCACUCCGACAUCGACCUCAUGGUGGACGAGGGCGGGCUUUGGGCUGUCUACGCUACCAAUCAGAAUGCUGGUAACAUCGUCCUUAGCCAGUUAAACCCAAACACUCUGCAGAUCAUCCGCAGCUGGACUACCAACCAUCCCAAACGCAGCGCCGGUGAGGCGUUCAUGAUCUGUGGAACCCUGUACGUCACCAAUGGGUACUCUGGUGGAACCAAAGUGUACUACGCCUACUCCACCAACUCCUCCACCUACGAGUACAUUGACAUUCCUCUGACCAAUAAAUACAGCCACCUGUCCAUGCUUGACUACAACCCUCGAGACAGAGCGCUUUAUGCCUGGAACAACGGCCACCAAGUUCUGUACAACGUCACGCUUUAUCACAUCAUCCAGUAA